GAUCUUUGCGGACGUCGCGUCGCGUUUAUAUUUUUGCCAAAAGCUUUGUAAUUCUUAAGUGCUGCAAAUGCAAACAGCUGUACAUAUAGCUAUUGCUCUUGUGAAUUUGAAUAACAAAACGUGCAGCGCGUCGCGAGUUGCGGCAUAAUUUGAUAACAAUAAGCCGCAAGUGGACGGACGCAUGGAAAAGUGGGCGACAAAUAAUAUGAGCGCAUUCUGAUGAGUGUAAGCGUGUGUGUGUUGGUGUGAAGAGAUGCGCAAAAAAGUCAAUUAAUUGUUAAACAACAGCUAAACGGCGCAUAUAAACGUUGGGCCAAAGGUGCGAAUGAAGCGAAAGAAAAAGAAAAAUCAAUAGGUAGCACAUCACAAAUGCAAAAAUGUGUCGAUAUUGUUGCUGCGGUUGUCAUUAUAGCACAAAUCAAAGCGACGGCAAAGCGCAAGCCAACACAAAUAGUGCUAUUAAUAAAUAAAUAUAAAAAGUCUCUCUCCCUGGUGAAAAUGAUGCGUUGCAUAUGCGAAAUUGCGUAAUUUGUUUGCCAUUGAAAAGCAACAAAAACCAAACUACAAACUCUGUCAGUUGUCCAGCCUAAAGUUCAACAAUUCUCUUGGCUGCGCGCGCGUGUAUUAGUGUUAGUGUGUGUGUGUGUAAAUUUUUGUUUUUAUUUUGGUGUAAAUUCCGGUCGCUCGAGCUCACUCACACACUCGUCGCGGCUGCUCUUUUUAUCGCUCUUGCGCUUGUGCGCGUUGUACACGUGUGCGUGUGUGUGUUGUUGUUGUGUGUGUAAGAGAGGCAGGGCAUGGCUGCCGCAACAGAUGGCUCUGCGAAAAACGCAGCAGCAGCAGCUGCUGCCUCAUCCACUUCCACCUCAUUGCCGCUAACAACAAAUGGCAGCAGUCUAACCGGCAAAGCACCCAAAUACAAUAUGAAUCUAUCAGCGGCAGCAACAACACCAAAAACAACAACAGCAGCAGCAGCGGCGGCGGCAGCAACAACAUCAUCAUCAUCAUCGACGACAGCGUCAGCCGGUCUACCAGCUUCGGUUGCUCAUUUUUAUUACAAGCAUGGCUUGUUUCUCUCCAGUUAUCCAACAUGCGCCACCAGCAUUGCACUAAUGGCGAUCUUGCUCUCUUGCUAUCCAUUGAUCAAUAUUCCUUUGCCUGGCACUAUACCCACCAAGAUAGUGCUGCCCUAUACGCCGAUCUUCAACGAAGCAGCAGCUGAAUAUAAUCAGAGUGCAGCUAAUGCAGGCGCAUACAAUGGCAGCAGCAGCAGCAGUAGCAGUGGGCGUGGCUCGCUGCCCUGGGCACCAAGCAGUCCAGCCCUGUACGUGCAACAGAUAACGCUACGGGCUAGCGUGCAGCCUUGGAACGAUGAAAUGCAGCUAAUGGAUGCGUUUCGAGCGCCGCUUUAUGAAGUUUUUAAAUUGAUCGAAAUUGUGCGCAAUCAUCAGAGCAGCGAGAAUCAACGCACACUGGAGCAAAGCUGUCUGCAUGUGGACAAUGUUAAGCGCGGCGCACAGGGACAACUGGAGCAGAUCUUUCCCGAAUACGGCUGCCUCUUGCUGUCGCCGGCGAAUCUGUGGGCACAGAAUUCGCAAAACUUUAGCCGUGAUACGAAUAUAUUGAAUACCAUAUUUCAGUAUCAUAAUCUGCAAAAAUCGAAGGUGUCAACAGCUGAAAUGCUGUUUGGACUGCCCAUGCAGGAUACAGGCUUCAAGCGUUAUCCUUUGCGCGCACGCUCGCGCAUUAUACAAUACGCCUUGACGCUUGUACUAACCAAAAACGAUGCGGAGUACUUGGCCACACUGAAGGAGAAGCUGCUGCGUUAUUAUCCACCAUUGAAGGUGGAAGCGGAGCCGGAACUGGAGCCUGCUACCAUCACUUACAUCUUCUAUCCCGAUGAGUACAAAAUAUGGGAGUUUCUGCCGCUUUCGGUGGCCUUUGUGCUGGUCUUUGUCUACGUUUACUUUUCGGUGCGCAAAAUCGACGUCUUCCGCUCACGCGUGUUGCUGGCUUUGUGCAGCGUGUUCACCACUUUGGGUAGUCUGGCCAUGUCGCUGGGCUUGUGCUUCUUUUUCGGCUUGACCAUUUCGCUGCAGUCCAAGGACAUAUUUCCCUAUUUGGUUAUACUGGUGGGCUUGGAGAAUAGUUUGGUUAUAACCAAGUGCGUGGUGUCUAUGGAUGAAACCUUCGAUGUAAAAAUACGCGUCGCUCAGGCGCUCAGCAAGGAAGGCUGGCACAUAAGCAAGACGCUGCUUACCGAGAUUACCAUACUGACCAUAGGCUUGGCUACCUUUGUGCCCGUUAUACAAGAGUUUUGCAUCUUUGCCAUUGUGGGCUUGAUGUCGGAUUUUAUGCUGCAAAUGCUGCUGUUCUCCACCAUACUGGCCAUGAAUAUAAAGCGCGCCGAGUACACCACGGAGGCUAAGCAUUUGCCCAAGAUGAUGCUGAGCUGCACGCUGGGCAAUGGUUCACCAGGCGGUCUGCUGCAACGUCAGGACUUUCGUUUCUUUGGAGCUACGCCGCCACCCACUUACAUACCCGGCGGCUUUCAGCGCUCGCAGUCGCAUCCGAAGCUCUGCUUUGCCGAGUCUGUGGGCGAGCGCAAUGCGCUGUUGAAUGGACAUGCCGCACAUGGCGGCGCCUCCGAGCCGCGCAUACCCAAGCGCAUCAAGAUCGUUAACUUCUGGGCACGCACGCGUUUCUUUCAACGCGCCUUUAUGAUUUGGAUGAGCGUUUGGAUCUGCUCGAUUGUCUACAACUCUGGCUAUCUGGAGCAGCUGUUUAGCAUGCGUGGCAAUGCCACCUUGAGCAGCGCCUAUGAGCUGCAACGUCAUCUGCAGGCCACACGCGGCGCUGUCAGCAGCUUCCUCCAGGGCUUCAAGCCCACAGGCGAGCCUUUGGCCAGCAGCAGCACGCCCAGCUUUUUGGCUACGGAGCAGGCAGCGAACUUUAACGAAACAGCCGAGGAGCUGCUGCGUCUGCGCUAUCCCAACUUUGAGCUCAACUACUUUCUGUCCAACUUCCAUUGGUCCACCAUUAUGAAGCAGUACAAUGUGUCGCUCAGCGGACAAUAUGUCACGCUGCUGCCCACCAUACGCCUGACGCAUGUUAUAACACCCGAGCUGGCCACGCUGCUGCGCAAUGCGCAGGAGCAGCUGCGUCAGAACUUUCAGUGGAAGGCACUCGCCGCAGCGCUGGAUCCGCUAGACUUUAAUGAUGAUGAUCCGCGUCGUGAGUCGCCUAUGGUCAUGUCUGGCGGCGUGCCGCUGGUGCCCAAGAGUCCCAUGGAGAUCUUUCUGGCUAUUUUACUCUGCUGCAUCAGCAUCUUUGUGCUCUGCUACACCAUGGUCGUCUUUUAUCGCUGCAUCUGCACGCGCAACUAUGCGGAGUGGCGCUCCAGCUGGCAUGAGUCGGAGGCGCCGCAUACGCAAACCGAGCACAUACUCGAAGGCGUGACCACACGCAUUGCCGGACACAAGCAUCGCAUUGAGUGUCUUGCCUCCGAUGGCAACUAUAUUAUAAGCUGCUGUCUCAAGGGCCAAAUACGCGUCUGGGAUGCGCGCAAUGGUGAGCAGCUGGCCAGCAUAGCGCGUCGGGAUAUGCAAAUUGCACAGCCACGUCCGGACGGGCACACUCUGCUGCGUAAACUGCCCAGUUCGCCUGUCUGGUGCUUGGACUACUUUGAUAAUCUCAUUGCCGUAGGCUGUGCCAAUGGGCGUGUGGAGUUGUGGGAGUCGCCAGCGGGCGUGCUCAAGUGCGCUUACCAGGAGGACGCCAAACGUAAUCAGGGAAUUACACACAUUCAUUUAAAUGGUGAUCGUGUUAUUGUCGCACGUCUGAAUGGACGCCUGGACUUUUAUCGCCUGGAAACCUACUACAAGGGCAGGCAGAUUGACUGGGGCUUCACCUCGGCCUACAGGCGCACUCAUGUGCGCACUGGCUCCACUGGCAGUCUGGGGCUUAUGAUGCCGCAUCAGCAGCAUCAGUUCGCCGCGCCGCAGACCAAGGAGGAGAUGAAAAUAACACUUGAAGGCGUGCGUCUGGCACAUCAGCAGCCCAUUACCUGCAUGCAAGUGGUCAACGAUAUGGUCUUUACCGGCAGUCAAGAUCACACGCUUAAGGUUUAUUGCCUCAACAAGUCUGAUGUGGAGUACACGCUGCAUGGUCACUGCGGUCCCAUUACCUGUCUCUUUGUGGAUCGCUGGCAACCAGGCACUGGCGGCUCUGGCUCACAGGAUGGUCUGCUGUGUGUUUGGGAUCUCUUUACGGGCGCCUGCUUGUACAAUAUACAAGCUCACGAUGGCGCCAUCAGCUGCUUGGCCUGUGCGCCCAGCUAUGUGAUUUCGCUGGGCACAGACGAACGCAUCUGCGUUUGGGAGCGCUUUCAGGGUAAUCUGCUUACCACCAUUAACAUCUCGAAUGCCUAUUCGAGUCUGCUGAUGCUAACGCCUUCGCUUUUGGUCACCAGCAGAAUGGGCUCGCUUAUUGUAUGGGAUGUGCGCACGGGUCAGCCGGCGCGCGAGGUUAAGCUGGACUUGGCCAAUUUGCAGCUCUGCCCCAAGAGCAUGAUGCUCGCGGGCGAUUCGGUGGUCUGCGAUUAUGGCAACGAGAUACGCGUGGUGCGCUUUCCCAUUGUGGCCGACAAAUGCCACUAAGAGUCGCAUUGAAUUUAUUUUACUAAGCUUUAGCUGUUAAGUAUACGCCCUCUAAAACUUUAACACGUCAAAGAUGAUUGAAAAUUUCUUACUACUGACGCAUUCAUUAAUUUAUAAAUCUUAGAUUUUAGAUUGCUACGAGUCCACGGUGUGGUUUAUUCAACUACUGCAUACAGAUAACAAAAUAUAUGAAUUAUAUUUAAUAUAUAGUAUAUACAUAGCUAACUAUUUUUGCAUACUAUAUCACCACUCACCCCAUACACAGUGUCUUAAAGCGCCUCAGCAUAACAUUGAAUGACUAAUUGUUAAAAAAUUACUAUAUUUUAUAUAUAUUUAUUAGACUUGAUGUACGC